ACUUGCUUGAUUUAUUGUGGCGCUAACUAUAUCCUUUAGGUCCCUUGAUAUAAAAAUCAACAAGAUUUUUUUUUCAGUGUUAGUAUUCGAUAAUAUAUCUCGAUUUGUGAACUGAAAAUAAAGAAGCUUUGUCGAGAGCAUAGACGAUCAGAAGGAGGCGUGGAUCUCAUUACCGGUCUAAGGGAAGGGUGUCUUCACUGCCUUGGCGUCUAUCACUUGGAUGUAAACAAACCGAAAUGAGUCCAAGUGCAACAUUAUUGUUAUUUUUUGGUGUUUUGGCGUUAUUAAGUUUAGCUGAAUGUAAGAAAGAGCUGACUUUGUCUGAGCGGGUACAGCAGCUCUCAGAUGCUGCUCUUAAAAAGCCAGUCCUCCGCUUCAAUGGGGACAAAUUCAAGCAGUAUGUUAAGGGCACACCUCGGAACUACUCCAUGAUUGUGAUGUUCACUGCCCUUGCCCCUUCUAGGCAGUGUGGCAUUUGUAGGCAUGCACAUGAUGAGUUCCAGCUGGUGGCCAACUCAUGGCGAUACUCUCAGGGAUACUCCAACAAGCUGUACUUUUCCCUUGUUGACUUUGAUGAGGGACCAGAUGUGUUCCAACAGCUGAGGCUCAACUCGGCUCCUGUGUUCAUGCACUUCCCACCCAAGGGGAAGCCCAAGAAGGUGGACACUCUUGACAUCCAGAGAGUGGGAUUUGCAGCUGAAAACAUUGCUCGCUGGGUUGCUGAAAGGACAGACAUCCAGAUUCGAGUAUUCCGUCCUCCCAACUACUCUGGUCUUCUGGCUCUUGUGGUGCUGCUGGCACUGGUGGUAGGACUUCUCUACCUCCGCAAAAACAACUUGGACUUCCUCUACAACAAGACAACCUGGGCACUUGGUGCUUUGGCUUUCACAUUUGCGAUGACAUCAGGUCAGAUGUGGAAUCACAUUCGAGGCCCUCCAUUUCUGCAGAAGACACAGUCUGGAAAUAUUGCAUAUAUACAUGGAUCAUCACAAGGCCAGUUCAUUGUGGAGACAUACAUUGUUGCCCUGCUCAAUGCAGCUGUGGCACUGGGUAUGAUACUGAUGGUGGAAGCUGCCAACAAAAGAGAUGAUGUGAGGAAGCGUCGCAUUUAUGCCAUCAUUGGAUUGGGUCUUUAUGCUUUUUGCUUUUCUCUCUUACUAUCCAUAUUCCGCUCCAAGGCUCAUGGAUACCCUUACAGCUUUCUCUUGAAGUAGUGUGAUCCUGAGGAGAAAACCAUCACAUGGGUGUACUAAUGUGUCAGAUGUCCUGAGUAUGUUCUGAACCCACAAGUGGACCUUAUUUUUGUACUGACUUUACAAGCAAGGUUAUACUAAAAGCAAUUUUUUUUAUUUUAUGGUUCAGAUGUGCUAUUUUCUUCUUGACAUCUUUAUUCUAAAUACUCAGACAUUUCACUGAAACAUUCAGAUAUCAGAUUUAAUGAACUUUUCUUAGGGAUCAUUAGGUACUGAUUAAACUUUCAUUCAGAAGUUAAUUGUUUAUAAUGUUUUGGUAUUUACAAAUAGAAGACUUAGUCAUGCCAGCAUGGAAGCUUACCGAUCUACAUUUUUAUGAGGAUGUUGCUGGUGUUGUGCAUUAUAUGUUAGCUUUACCAGCAACAUGAUCAUGUUCUGGUAUUAAUUGAAGUCUUAUGAAUAAGUAAGGGUAUUUUAAAAAAAAUUUUCUUUAAAAAAGUUUUCAAGCUACUAAGUAUUUUCUUUUAUUCAUAUUAUUAAACUUUUUAUAUUUUGAUUAUCUUCACCCUUAUUGUAAUUAUUAUUAUUAUUACUAUUAUUAUUUUAUUAAAUGCAAAGUUACACUUCAUAGACAAAUAUUUAUGAUGUAUAUGUCAUUCAUUGUGACAAACAGUUCUUGUAUAAAGCUUAAGCAAUGCAUAUUAUUUAAUGCUUUAUGAAUUGGUAACUUGCAAGUUUGUGAUUUUUUUUUUUCUUUUGUGUGUGUGUGUGUGUGUGUGAGGGAUAUGAGGUUCACUUAUGGCAUAUUAAAGUCUGUUAAUUGUAAACAAGUAUUAUUACUUGCAGUGAGGAAUGAUGUCAGCAAUGUGUGGGUUUUGCCUUCUACAUUCACAUUCAACAGGUAUCCAAUCCUGACACUAAUAUUAUACAUGCUGCAUUAUCAUCAUCUAGCAAGAGUAGCGUCUCUUUUCUGUUGGUGACUAAGGGGCUAAGAGAAUGGUGUAAAUUUAAAGGUUGUGUGCUUUGUCUUUAGUAAAUGGUUAGAUGGUG